AUGGAAGUUAAAAACGGCAUAGAUUACGUCUUUCGAGGAUCUAGAGAUGAGGUGAAACAAACCUUUAAGUUCCAAGGAUCAGCUAUAGUUCUGACACCGUACAGAAGUAAAUGCUCUGGAUUAGCAUAUUUAGAAGACAGUGAAGAAAUUGUGAUGACACCAAAGAUGGCUUUGGAAAGAAGUUUCGAUAAGAUGAAAGGCGGACAUGUGAUUGUAGAGGAUUGUGAGUUGAUGGAUGGGUUUGGGUAUAUGGAAGAUUUAAUAUGUCUGAAGAGGAAGGGGAUUUCAUUUAUCCUUCUGAAUGCCCAGAAAGUUCCCAAGUUUGCAGAGAAUCCUGUCUUUAUAUCUAGCAAUAGAUACUUUAUAAAAGCAACAAAGGAUGAAAGAUAUGCUGCAAUUUUUGCAUUAUGUAAGAUUUAUAAGAAUGUGUGCAUUAUAUGUAAGGAUGUAGAGAGGAUGAAGAUGUUUUCUGAGAUUUUCAAGCUAAAUCUGGAUGUUGUUGGGCACGGAGAUGCUGUAGACGGUAGAAGCGUUGUUAUUGUGAUGGAUGGGUUGGUAAAUAUUAAGUGUGAGAAGCUAUUCUAUGUUGGGGAUAAAUGUAAAGGAAUGAAAACGAUGGUUUUAGACACGAGCAAAAUUGGGAAAUUUCUGUAUAGGGUCAGGGAUGUGUGUAAUAUGCUUUCCCCGGGAGUUGUAAGGGGGAAAAAGGAAUUGAAUAUCAAUAGGUUUCGCGGGAUUGAGAAAUAG